AUGGAAUCUGGAAUGGACCUGAUCCAUGUUUUUGGAAUCCAAAUGGUUCAAUACCUUCAGACCAAUUACAAGGAUUCCCAAAACCUGUUCCUGUUCAUCUCAUUCGCUGCAGAUUUACAAAACACCUUCUUUGUCUUCUUCCCGAUCUGGUUCCAUCUCUGCGAGUCAGUGGGCAUCAGACUCAUUUGGGUGGCUGUGAUCGGUGACUGGUUGAACCUUGUUUUUAAAUGGAUUCUCUUUGGACAAAGGCCAUACUGGUGGAUCCAUGAAACCACUUUCUACAGUAAAUCCUCAGUCCCAGUGGUUGAGCAAUUCCCAGUUACAUGUGAAACUGGGCCAGGAAGUCCAUCUGGACAUGCCAUGGGUUCGGCAGGCGUUUACUACAUGAUGGCCACUGCACUUACCACCCUCCUGCUUCAGAAACAACAGCAGCAGCUCAAGAAAUGGUUUGCGCACAGUCUACUGUGGAUGGGAUUCUGGGGAGUGCAGAUUGCUGUCUGUUUGUCCAGGAUCUUUUUGGCAGCUCAUUUCCCUCACCAGGUUAUCACAGGGGUACUUUCAGGUAUAGCAGUGGCUGAAGUGUUUAAUCACAUCCAAUUAAUCUACAAGGCAAGCCUGAAGCAAUACCUGUAUACCACCCUGUUCCUGUUAAUUUCUGCUCUUGGUUUCUACCUGCUACUCAAAGCUCUUGGAGUGGAUCUUCUGUGGUCUGUGGAGAAAGCUAAGAGAUGGUGUGCCAAUGCUGAAUGGAUUCAUAUUGAUACCACCCCCUUUGCUGGUCUACUAAGGAACCUGGGUGCCCUUUUUGGCCUGGGAUUGGCUCUCAACUCCCAGUUUUAUGCUGAAAGUUGUAAAGCAAAACAAGGGCAAAAGCUCAGCUUCAAACUCAGCUGCUCUGUGUUUUCCUUAAUAGCACUACAUUUGUUUGAUUCAUUCAAACCACCAACUAAGACUGAACUGCUAUUUUAUUUCCUGUCCUUCUGCAAGAGUGCUGUUGUGCCUCUGACAGCUGUAGCAAUCAUCCCGUACUGUCUGUCUCACAUCACAAAGACACACAACAAGAAGAUUUUAUAG